UCACAAAUUACACAAUACACUCUCAUUCCUCUCUCUCUCUCUCCUCUCUCUCUCUCUCUCUAUAGAAUUCGAAUGCAGAACCCUAGGUUUCAGUCUGCCUCGACCAAGUAUCGGAUUACGGUGCCAUAGUGCGGACCUCGGACGCCGGUGAUUGCGCAACCUGCGCUUCGCCGCCGGCGAAUUGGUGGAAUCGGAUUUGAGGUUUGCUGUCUAGGGUUUUGAAUUGCGCGGUUUGAUUGGGAGCAUUCGCGGAAGAGGGAGUUUGGCAUAGGGCUGGAGUAAUCGCCAUGGCUCCGGGGCGUAAAAGGGGAGCGAACAAAGCCAAGGCUAAGAGUGAGUUGCGCUUGGGCGAUCUCGUUCUGGCAAAGGUCAAGGGCUUCCCAGCGUGGCCCGCCAAGAUUGGCAAGCCUGAAGAUUGGGAUCGAACUCCUGAUCCUAAGAAAUAUUUUGUUCAAUUCUUUGGAACUGAGGAAAUAGCUUUUGUUGCCCCUGGAGAUAUUGAGGCAUUUACUAGUGAGGUAAAAAAUAAAUUGUCGGCUAGGUGUCGAGGUAAAACAGUUAAAUUCUUCGCCCAAGCAGUGAAGGAAAUAUGUGAUGCUUAUGAAGAGUUGCAGCAAAAAAACACAAGUGGUUCGAGAGAUGAUAGAGACAGGACUGCUCCUGAGAGUGAGGCUCCAUCUGUUGAUGGGGUGGGGGAUGACAGGGUAGAGGAUGACUUGAAAGAUGGGAUUGGUACUGUUCGACUGAAUGGGGAAACAGUGAUUGAAGGUUUAGGUGAUUGUGGCUCUGGAUUGGAGCACUGCUUUCAUAAACAGGGUGAGCCUGAUGAUCAAGAUGUAAAACCUGCUACUUCAGCUCAUGCAAAUGAUAAUUUAUCUCCAGCUAUAUUUUCUGAGAAAAAGAAUAAAGCAUCAAAUGGUGCACGAACACCAAAGGAGACAGAAUCAACAUCCAGUCCAGAUAAACCUUUCUAUGUUAAGGAAGAAAUCCCUAAUAAUAGUAAUGAAGAAGAUAUUAUUUGCACUGGACGCACACAGGUUGCAACUCCUAUGAAAGGUUCGAACUCUUGUCAUGACAAUGUUGAAGGUGGCUCCUCUAGUUGUUGGGAUGAUGGUCAAAAGGAUGGUGUUCCAUCUUUAAUGGUGUCAACUCAUGCUAAGAGCCCAGGUGGUGGACAAAGGGCAUUAACAAAUGGUCACAAGUCAAAGAAGGUGGUAAUGGGGUCAAAGAGGAAACGUGAGGGCGUGGUUGAAGUACACAAAAACAAAAGCUCAGCAACCUCAUUGAAGUAUGAGAAUGCUGGUGGUUCUGGUGAUCUCCCUGAAGCUGGCGGGCAUUUCAAAGAUGGAACGCAAAGCAAAAUUGCCUCUGGUGGCAGCAUGAAAGAAUCAUCUCCGGAUACUCUGAAAUCUGAUUCAGAUAUCACGAGUGGGAAGAGAGCACUGAAAGCUAAAAAGCAAUUAAAGGUAACUGUUGACCGACAGAAGGAUGCUAUGGCCAAUAAUAAGGCACAGCCAAAGGGUGAUCUUUCUGGUGGGAAAAAGAGGGCCCAGCUUGGACAUGGAAAGCAUAAGUUGGUUGAUGAUGAAAUUUCACAUUCUGUGAAAAGGUCAAAGUGUGUGGAUCCGGUGGAUGAUGCCACCAAGAAAUCACACAUCAAGAGCAUAAAGAAUGAUUCUCUGAGUUUUACUGUUGAUGACAAGACUGUCAAGCAUACAGAAAUAAAAAAAUCUGUUUCAUGUCUGAAAGUAGACAACUCCAUGGCAUCAGAAGCAGAGACUGGUACUGUUGGUUCAGAUGUUCCUGGUGAUGAAGAUGUUCUACCCCUUUCAAAACGCCGUCGCCGGGCGUUGGAAGCUAUGUCUGAUUCUGCUACUCUGACUCCUGAGGUCAAAAUAGAGAAAAAUUCUGUUGUGCUUAAAAAUGAUGCGUUGCAUUCAAAAAGUGCCAAACCUCUGCAUACCCAAUUGAAGAGAAAAAGGAGAACAAUUUGUCGAUUUGAGGAUGAUGAUGACGAAGAGCCCAAAACUCCAGUGCAUGGGCCGUCCAGAAAUGUUAACACCCCUUCACGUAUCUCCAAUUCUAUCAAGGACCUUGAUGCUCAUCAUGAAAGUUCUAAUCAUACUCAACUGAGUGUUAGAGAUUCGGGGGGACAUGAGGAAAGCCCAUCGAAGGAAUGUUCACCCAGACUACAGCAAACCGUAGAGAAGAGGCCUAAAAAGACAAUGGCUGCACCUAUCUCCCAUAGUCCUCGGAAAUUAGAAUCUGAGAAGUUAUCUUCAAAGGAGGCUAAACAAAUCUUGAGUCCCCCUAAAAAGUCUCCUCGUUCAGCUUCUGCUACCAAACCGAUGUUAGAACAACAUAAAGCUGUCAAAUCCGCAGUUAAGGUAUCCAGUAGUGGUACUUUAGUAAAGGUUCAGUCUGGGUCUGCUAAGGCUUUGAGUCUGCUUGCUGAUAGCUUAACUGCUCAAAAUCAAGUGGCAAUUCAGAGAAAUAAGCCAAUGUCUAGUGGUGAAAAAUCAAAAGCUACUCCAAAAGCAAAUUUGCGGCCAAAUGAAUCUGUUACUCUGACAGAAAAUCUGAUGGAAAAUAAUUCUUUGCUUGGAGAAAGACUAGAAGCUGGUAGGAAUGAUAAAACUAGUUCCUUGAUUGAUCCCAAGAUAGCGGAUUCUGUUCUGUCUAUGAAGCACCUUAUUGCAGCUGCUCAGGCCAAAAGGAGACAAGCACACUCACAAAAUAUUUCUCAUGGAAAUCCCAAUACCGCUUUUGUAUCCAUUAUUGAUGUCCAGGGAGGGAGUCCUAGUCCUGUUUCUGCAGUUCCACCUUUUCCUUCUGGCACCAGCAGUGUAAUGCAAGCAGAUAUGCAGGGAUUUUACCCUCAUACUACAAUGGCUUCUCCAUCUGCUCAUAGUCGUCAGUUUGCAUCACAAAGUCAACUCGAUAUUGAAGACUCUGAGGACAGAAGAGUCGGUUCAGGACCACGGGCAGCUGGUGGAUCAUUGAGUGGUGGUACUGAGGCAGCUGUUGCUCGUGAUGCGUUUGAAGGAAUGAUAGAGACAUUGUCAAGGACAAAAGAAAGUAUUGGACGUGCAACCCGUCUUGCAAUUGAUUGUGCUAAGUAUGGCAUUGCCAAUGAGGUUGUCGAACUUCUCAUCCGAAAGUUGGAAAGUGAGCCUAGUUUUCAUCGGAGGGUGGAUCUGUUUUUUCUUGUGGAUUCUAUCACCCAAUGCUCACAUAGCCAAAAAGGAAUUGCAGGAGCUUCUUAUAUUCCUACAGUCCAAGCUGCAUUGCCGCGUCUUUUAGGCGCUGCUGCUCCAUCUGGAGCUGGUGCUCGUGAAAAUCGCCGUCAAUGUCUGAAGGUUUUGCGGCUAUGGCUUGAGAGAAAAAUAUUACCUGAAUCUCUGCUUCGGCGCUACAUGGAUGACAUUGGAGUUUCAAAUGAUGACACAACUUCUGGUUUUUUCCUUAGACGCCCUUCUCGAUCUGAGCGGGCUGUAGAUGAUCCAAUUAGAGAAAUGGAAGGCAUGUUUGUUGAUGAGUAUGGAAGCAAUGCUACAUUUCAGUUGCCUGGCCUUUUGUCUUCUCAUGUAUUUGAAGAUGAAGAUGAAGAAGAUCUUCCAAGUGGUUUUUCUAAAGAAGCUGCUGGUGCAUCUCCAGUAAAACCCACUCAUGCUUCAGGAGAUCCAGAAACUGUAACUCCAAAUGACAGGCGCCACCACAUCUUAGAGGAUGUGGAUGGUGAGCUUGAAAUGGAAGAUGUUUCCGGACACCUGAAGGAUGAGAGACCUCUGUUCAGAAAUGGUUCUUUCGAAAUGGAUUCACACCAGGACUCUGACAGAAUUUCAGAACUAGCUUCAAACAAUUCGAACGAGUUGCCCCCACUACCAGAGGGUUCUCCACCAUUGCCUAUUGAUUCUCCUCCUCCACCCCCACCUUUGCCUCCUUCACCGCCCCCACCACCACCUCCUCCAUUAUCUCCAUCACCUCCACCGCCUCCACCUCCUUUUCCGUCACAGCUGCCCCCACUUCCUCCACCACCUGCAGGGCCACCUCCACCUACAGGCCCUCCUCCACCUGCAGGGCCUCCUCCACCUACAGUCCAUCCACCACCUAUGGGGCCUCCACCAUCUACGGGUCCUCCACCACCUAUGGGGCCUCCACCAUCUACGGGUCCUCCACCACCUAUGGGGCCUCCACCUCCAAUGGGCCCUCCACCUAGGGGUCCUCCACCGCUUAUGGGUCCUCCACCACCGACGGGGCCUCCACCACCCACAGGCCCUCCACCACCAAGGGGUCCACCACCUAUUGGGCCUCCACCACCUGCAGGGCCCCCACUACCUCCAGGCCCUCCACCCCCUCCUGGUCCCCCACCCCCUGCAAGCCAGCACCUACCUACAGGUCCUCCACCAUCACUGCUUUCUCAACCACCACUACCUCCUACACCGCAACUGCCACCUCCACCACAGUUACCACCUCCACCGCAACUACAACCUCAACCGCAACUACCACCUCAACCUCCAUUACUGCCACCUCAACCAUCACUACAGUCUUCACCCCAGUUAGCAUAUCAACCACCUGUGCCUCAUGAAUAUUGCAGUGUUGGAAAUCAACUUGCCCCAAUGGCUGGAAAUACAUCUCAUGGAGGUCAUAUUGAUACUGCUGUAAAAAGUGAAAUGUUUCCACAGCAGUCACCUUGCUUUGCACCAACAGGUGUCUGCAAUUCAAGAGAACCUUCUGGGUUUAAUUCUUCAAGACCAUUGGAAUAUGGGCAUAAUGACAUGUAUUUGAACCACCAAGCUUCUCAGCCUAGCCAGCAAUUUCAGCCAGGUAAUACACCUUUUUCACAAAGACCUUUACAUCCAGCUCCAUCUCCACAAACCCAACCUAGUCAUUUUUCCUACACAAAUCCCAACAUCCAGCAACAUCAGCAGCACCCAUACUCCCACCCAUACCCAUUGCCACCGCCUCCUGAUACCCGGAGGCGAUUUGGUGCUGAUGAACAGUGGAGGAUGUCCUCAAGUGAACUUAACACAGAUAGUCAGCGUGGUUUGUGGAUGAGUGGAGGGAGAACUCCAUCAUGUUCAGGACCACCUUUUGUCCAGGAAGGUUAUUUUCGGCCGCCCCUCGAAAGGCCACCUGCAAAUAAUAUGGGUUUUCAUUCUACCCCAAACGCGCUACCAGCUGGAGCUCCCAUUCCAGUUCAUGGUGUUUCUCAGAUGUUGCCAUGUAGACCAGAUGUUUCUGCCCUUAAUUGUUGGAGGCCAGCUUAGGUACUCAGAGUCCCAUUAAAACUUCAUGCUGUGCACAUUGGAACGAGUAGGAAAUUACAUUUUAUAAUGCAUCAAAGGAAGAUUCAGCAUUUUGGAUGAAAUCUGAUGAACACAAGAAGGCGGUGUUGAGAACUUGUGGAUACUCUUGGCAGGACUGUGUAUAUUGUAAUUUUUCCUGACAAAUGCAUCCCGCAGACUUUUGCUUCCAAGGGUUAGCCCAUGUUUUUGACCCGGUUAGUACAUCUGUUUCUUAACUCUUGUAAUUAUACUGAGCAUACCAUAUAAAGAAAGUUAUUUUAAGCAACAAAUAUGAGUUGUGGCGACCUCAAGGAUUUUUUCUUUUUUAUGGCUUCGUUACUUGUUUACUAUAGAAUUUAUUUUUCUCUACAUUUAAUUAUAGAUGCAACAUGCUCCAGUGAUAAGAUAAGUACAAGCAGAGUCCCACCACUUGUCCAAAUAAAACAUGUGCCAAGAGAAAGAAAUAAUAAAAGCCAAAUUUGGGGCACUUACUUGCCUAUGUCAAAUACUAAAACCUUUAGAAUUAUUGUCAUGCUCUAGAUAAGGACCUUAGAUUCAGAAUUGAUUUAUCAUAAUUUUUUGCUUUUAAAUCUGUGUAUUUCUGUUAUAGUUUAGUGCAAAUUUCUUUCACAGGUUUAUAGGAAUUUUUAGGAUUUUACCUCUGUUGAGUGAUCACAUUGGAAGCUUUCUUGUUUGAGACAGAAACUAAGAAUUGGACUUGUUUGAUUGGGGAAUGAGGCCAUCAUUUUUUUUGACAGUAUCUUGCAACUGUAUACUAACUCACAUUUUAGAUAUAGCUCUUUUGGAAUGUCAAUUUGAAGAAAAAGGGCAAAAAGGAACACUGGGAGAGUGGUUUAUAAAUUUUCUGCGUCUCGUACUAGUGGAUGAUGCUGGUUUCUGAGUGGUGACUAGAUAUCAUUUUACAGGUUUUGGCAAAAUAUUUCUUACAAUAUCGUCAUAUAUGGGCUUCCUUUUGCUAUCCACCGAAGGAUAACCUCAAAUUUCCUGGUAGAUAGAACUGCUGCAAAUUGUUGAGGUAAAUAUUAACCAUGGAUAUUGAGCAAAGAUGAUGCUCAUAAUUUUCCCUAGAAUACUAGAAAGUUCUCAUGCAAAGGAUAUCUGAGUCAAUGUAAAGAUAGUUGAGAUAGAUGCUUAAGAACAGUUGAAUUUUUUUAUAAUAUUACCUUUUCAGAUUGUUAAUUAUUA